AUGAUCAAGGAAGCCGUGUGCUACAUGUGCUGGAGCUCGACGUCGCCGUCCGAGCUCAUCGCUCCGUGUGCGUGCACAAGCUACGUCCACCGCGACUGCCUCGAGCGAUGGCGCGCCACGUCGUCAACCGCCGACGCCCCGACGCACUGCCCAACAUGCCGUCUGCGCUACGUGCUAGACGGCCCACCCGCGCUUCUUCUAUGGGUCCUCGGCCACAGUCGCCUCUACAUUGCAGUUGCUCUCCUGCUCGUCGUGGGCCUUCAGGCGCUGCUCGUCUCGCAGCUCGACGUGUACGCAGGUCGCGCCAAAGCUACGCUCGUGUAUGUUGGCUCGAGUGCUGGCUUGCUGCUCUUGGUGUGCGGUGUGACUUUAGUUCGCGCGGCGCUAUCGCACGUGGUCUGGGAGCGUCACCCCGACCAGUCGCUCCUCCACGCGCUCCUCCACCACGUCGUUUUACUGGCUCUUGUCGUUGGUGGCGUCGGGUGUUUUCUAAUCUACCUCGUGUUCUCGGGCCAAGUCGACAUCCUCGCACCUCUCAAAGCGCGCGUGCUCGCCCACUGCGACCAGCGUAUUCGCGAUCUGCGACCACUUCGGUACAGCUCAAUGUAA